AUGAAACUUGCUGACGCCUAUGGGCUGUUAGUGGAUGGUGUUGGGUCGUGGGACUUCUCCGGAGGCUUUGUUCCUUGCGAGCUGCUGCUUACUGGAAAAGAUGCCUACCCUGUGCUUGUGAGCCCUCAAAAACAAGUUCUGAUCGCUGUCUCACAGUAUGGGAAGGGCCGGAUGGUGGUUGUUUCUCAUGAGGGAAUCUUGAAGGACUCCAAGUUCUCCCAGUUCCUCAGAAAUGCUGUGGACUGGCUCAAGCCUUGCCCUGGGGCGCUGGUUGGGGUCCAUCAUCAUUUGGAUUCCCUCUCCAAGUUGCUCCUUGGGGCUGGCACCAAAGUGCAGGCUGGAGCAGAGCUCAGUGCUUCUCUGGGUGUGUACUGUAUGGAUGCCUAUGACAGUACCCAGGCAAAGAACCUGAUUCACUUCGUAAAGGAAGGUGGGGGCUUGCUCAUUGGAGGCCAGGCCUGGUACUGGGCUAGUCGACACGGCAAGGAGAAGGUGCUGUUUGAAUUUCCUGGGAACCAGGUGACCAGUGUGGCUGGUGUCUAUUUCACUGGAAACUGUGUGGGGAAGGGGAUCUUCAAAGUUUCAAAGAAGAUACCCAAGAUUCCCCUACUUGUCCCACACCAUGCCAAUCUCAGCCUCGAUGCCGAGUUCCUGCUGCGUGGCGUGGCAGAGCUGGAUGUCGCCACGGGAGGCGUGCCCUCCAGCUUGCUGGUGCACGGCGCACUCGCCUUCCCGCUCUGCCUGGACAGCUCGCACCGGUGCCUCAUGGCCGCCGCGCGCUACGGCAAAGGGCGCGUCGUGGUGGCAACUCACGAGAGCCAGCUGCACUCCCCAAAGCUGGCGGGCUUCCUGCUCAACGCUCUCCAGUGGCUGGACGAGGGCAAGAAGGGGCUCGUAGGCGUGGAUGCCAGCCUGAAGAGACUGUGUAACUUGUUCCCUCAUGCAGAGGUGAAGUUCCAGGUGUCACACCUGACAAGUGAUAUGAGUGUUUACUGCUGCCCUUCGUACAGCGACAGGGAGGUGGAGAAGAUCCAUGCUUUCGUGGCGGAGGGAGGCGGCCUGCUCAUUGGAGGCCAGGCUUGGUACUGGGCUUCCCAGCACCGCAGCAAAGCUGAUGUGGCUGAAUACCCUGGCAACAAGAUCCUCAACCACUUUGGGCUCAGCAUUCUGGGUGUGAACAUCAAGGCAGCUAAAUACACGGCCGUGGCGCCCGGGGAGCACUACCACUUCCGCAAGGCGCUCUCGCUUUUCUGGAGGCACGUGGACAAGAACGAGGAGCUCAAAGGCCCCUUGAAGGACUGGCUGCAAAGGCUGACACAAGACUGUGCUGCCUUUCUGCGCAUCCCAGCCGACGGCUGCCCCGCGUACGCCUCGCUCCACCGCCUCCUGAGCAAAGUGCUCCGCCGGAGCGGCAUUCCGCGCGUCAGCCGGCAAUGCCCUGUGCAGAGCAACUCCAAAGAGGCCGCCCUUCUCUGCAUCGCAAACGAGCUGUCCUGUGCCAUGACGGACUGCGCAGCCCUAGUGCAGAAACCCGCCUGCGGGGUCUAUGACCUCCCUGUGACCGUGGAGAUUGAUGGCACAAACCCUGGUAAGACAGCCUGGAGGAGCACGGGUCUCUAUCUCCCUGAAGGACACACAGCACUUAUAACAUUCCCUUGCAUGGCGGUUGGUGCUGGUCUGCAGGUGCAGAUUGGAUGUCACACGGAUGACCUCUCUCACGCUGCGCAGCUGAAACGGGCUCCAGUGGUGAUUCGCACCUGUGAUGUUACCUGCCCGAAGCAGCCUGUUUCCUGCCUCUGGGGUGGCCUUAUUUACAUCACAGUGCCAGGAAAGAGUGUCCUGGGGAAACUGUCCAUUACUGUAGAAGGGGCAGUGAGAGCUCCUUUUUUCAAACUCGGGGAGACCUGUGAAAAACAGUGGCAGGCCUGUAUCCGGCAUUACCCAGCUCCCUGGGCAGAACUGGCUGUGGAGAAUCUCAUCCUGACGGUGCCAGCGGACAGCAUUCGCCACAUAGAGAACCCCAAGCCACUGCUCAGCCUGUGGGACGAGAUCAUGGUGGCAAUAAGCACGCUGGCGGCCAUUCCAACAAAAUUCCCAAGGCCGGAGAGGAUUGUAACGGAUGUCCAGAUCUCGUGUGGCUGGAUGCAUGCUGGCUACCCCAUCAUGGGCCACCUUGAUUCGGUGAAGGAGAUGGUAGACAUGAAGCACAUGAAAGCCACUGGUCUUUGGGGUCCUAUCCAUGAGCUGGGACACAAUCAACAGCAGCAAGCAUGGGAAUUCCCCCCUCAUACUACAGAAGCUACCUGCAAUCUCUGGUCUGUCUAUGUGCAUGAGAAGGUACUGGGGAUUCCCAGACAUCAGGCCCAUAAGGCGCUGAGGCCAAAUUGUCGGGAGGAAAGGAUAAGAGCGUAUCUGAAGAAGGCUGCUCAGCUAAAGGACUGGGCAGUGUGGACCGCACUGGAGACAUACCUGCAGUUGCAGGAGGGUUUUGGUUGGGAGCCAUUCAUCCACCUCUUCUCUGACUACCAGAAAAUGUCCUCUAUCCCAAAGGACAACUCUUCUAAGAUGAAUCUGUGGGCACAAAAGUUUUCUCAGCAGGUGAACAGAAACCUGGCUCCUUUUUUUAUGAGCUGGGGGUGGCCUAUCAAGACAGAGCUGUGUAUGGAACUGUCGUCUUUACCCAGCUGGGAAGAGGACCCAAUGAAGUCAUACAGACCAUGAAGGAAGUG